AUGACAGCGAAGCGACCGACGCGUCGUGAAGGUGAAAAAGUGUGGUGUCCAGAUCCACGCAAUGUGUGGCAAUUGGGUGUUGUAGUAGAAGAUGAUGGCGAGAAACUCCAUGUGUUACUACCCGACGCUGACACGGAAGAGCAGUUUACGUUUGAGCAAGUACAUCCGUAUGAUCCGACACACUCUUUUGACUUGACAAAUGUAGCGGAGAUGGAUAAUUUACACGAAGCGCCACUGCUUGAACUACUGCGUCGACGGUACCUUGAGGACAAGAUUUACACGUACACGGGUGACAUUCUCAUCUCUAUUAACCCGUACAAGAACAUUCCGAUGCUCUAUAACUUUCCAGAGCUAGAUUCAAUUGGAAAACUGGAUAAUCCAGUGCCGCACGUCUAUUCGACGGCUCAUGGGGCGUACCAUACCAUGAUGAAAGACGGCAAAUGCCAAUCUAUUCUAGUCUCGGGUGAGAGUGGAGCUGGCAAGACAGAAGCUUCGAAAUACAUCAUGCGGUAUUUAGCCAACAUCUCGGAGAUUGGGAAAAAGACGCCCAAGGUUCCGAACGUAGAUGUCGGAAGCUCAUCGGUGGAGCAGUGUGUGCUGCAGAGUAAUCCACUACUCGAAGCUUUUGGAAAUGCAAAAACGAUUCGCAACGACAAUAGUAGUCGGUUUGGUAAGUUCAUUAAGAUUUACUACAAUGCGGAUGGCACGAUCUCAGGCGCUACAACGAGCCACUUUUUGCUGGAAAAAAGUCGAAUCGUCGGCAGUGCUGAGGCAGAGCGCAACUAUCAUGUCUUCUACCAGAUUUGUGCAGGAAUGCCUACGGAAAUGAAGAAUGCACUCAAGCUAAAGCCUGCAAGUGAGUUCUACUUUCUCAAUCAAGGGAAUUGCAUUCAGGUGUCAGAGAUUAACGACAAGAGAGACUUCAAGGCGCUUGUGGAAGCCAUGGGUACUGUAGGUAUUCCACCAGAAUUGCAACACACUAUCUUUCGCCUUGUUGCCUGUGUGUUACAUUUGGGCAAUAUGGAGUUUACAGAGAAUGCAAAAAAUGAGUCCCAAAUUGCCCACCUUGAAGACGUUACAAAUUUGGCCGAGUUGAUGAUGGUGACGUCAGAUGAGCUUGAAUUUGCUCUCACCAAACGAACGAUGUCUGCCGGUGCGCGUGGAUCUGUGGCAGAGAUUGCACUGACUGCUGUUGAGUCUGUCAAGUCGCGCAAUGGUCUUGCAAAGGACAUCUUCAGCAAGAUUUUCGACUGGCUGGUGUUUCAAAUCAAUAAAUCGACGGCGAAUGUCGGGGGCAGUACUGGUGUAGACGUAGGCUCCAAGUUCAUUGGAAUUCUGGAUAUCUUUGGUUUCGAAAGCUUGCAAGUGAACUCGUUCGAGCAGCUAUGUAUAAACUACACGAACGAAAUGCUGCAGCAGCAGUUCAACCAACAUGUGUUCGUUUACGAGCAGGAGGUGUAUGUUGAAGAGGGUAUCGAUUUUUCGCGUUUGGAGUUCAAGGACAAUGGACCAUGUCUGGAUCUGAUUGAUAAGAAACCUUUGGGUAUCCUCCCACUUCUGGAUGAACAAGGAAUGCUCGGUCGACGUGCUAGCGACGAAAACUUUAUCAAAAAACUGCAUCAAACACAUUUGCCGAAGGGCAAGGUCCCCGAGGGCACUACAGUCUAUUACUCUAAGCCACGUUUUGCCACGGACGAGUUUGUGAUUAACCACUACGCUGGCGAUGUCACGUACAAUGUCAAUGGCUUUUUGGAAAAGAACGAUGACUCAUUGCACAAUGAUCUGAUCUCGCUCAUGGACAGCUCGAAGUGUGAGUUCCUGCGGAAGUUGUAUCCAAUUGCCCAAGCAGGUGCGGCGGCUGGUGCAGCUAACCCGCGCAGACCCAUUCGCAAAAUGGGCAAUAAGAUGACUGGAACCAUGACAGUUGGGCGUAAGUUUCGCGACCAGAUGGCAAACUUGAUGGUGGAACUGAAGGCGACAACGCCGUCCUUCGUUCGGUGCGUUAAGCCCAACAACGUCCGUUUCCCGCAGGGAUGGAAUUCUGAGCUGAUUCUCAAUCAACUUAUAUACCUUGGUGUCAUGGAGACUGUGCGUAUUCGCCGGUCAGGUUUUCCUGUUCGACGGCUUUUUGAAGAGUUUCACGAGAAGUAUCAAGUUUUGACCCGUAAUGUUACAAAGGAAAAACAGGCGAAAAUGACGGACAAAGACUACUGUGAAGUCAUACUACGCUUCAUUCCCCGUGAGAACUGGCAGCUAGGUCACAAGAAGGUAUUCCUCCGCGACAGUCAAUUGCGCAUGUUAGACAAUGAAGCACGCAAGUUCUUGCACGAGGCCGCUACCGUUAUUCAAAAGUAUGCCCGUGGACGACAACAGCGCCGAAAGUACCUGGACAUGCGGCAAAAAGCAGUCCUCAUUCAGGCCACGAUCCGUAUGUGUUUAGCAAAAUGGCACUUCUCGCGUAUGCGUCAUCGUAUUACACUUCUUAAUGCCGUGGCGAGGCAGUUCGUUCAGCGGCAAAAGUACAAGCGCUUGCGCAAGACAACAAUUCUUGUGCAAAGUCAUGUUCGGGGCAAUGCAGCUCGCCGGUAUGUACUCUAUCUGCGUACUGCCCCGCCUGCCGCAAUUAUGAUACAAGCCCAGGUGCGACGCUACUUGGCACGUAAGCGUUUUAUCAAGCAAAAGCAUGCCGCAUCGAAGGUUGCAAACGCUCGCAAAAUGCAAAAGCAGCGGGCAGAAUUCCUGGAGAUGCGUGGUGCGGCGAACACGAUUGCCUCUCGAUACAAAGGUUAUGCUGCACGAAACAAGUAUCGCGAUAUGCAGAAGGCAGCUAUCGUGUUGCACGCAGCGGGUCGUGGCUUUAAUGCCCGCCUGAAGUAUGGCAAGAAGGCACGUAUGCGAGCUGUUGCGCGCAACAAAGCGCAGAUACAAAUUUCGCGAGUGGUUCGUGGAUUCCACGCUCGGCGUUGCUUCCAGGUCUCUCGCCGACGUAUUAUUAUGAUUCAAGCACGUGUACGUGCUAACCGCGUUCGAACUGAAUACCUCAAGGGUCGGAAGGCUACUAUUAACUCUCAGGCUAUGAUUCGUCAAUUACUUGUGCGCCGCAGAUUCCUGCGCGAGAAAAAGAUGGCAACACGUAUUGAGGCGUUUAGUCGAAUGGUUAUCUGUCGUCAGCGGUACCGUGAUGAGCGCAAGAAAAUCAUUUUAGUGCAGUCUCUCUGGCGGAUGCAUAGUGCUCGCAAGCAGUACACCAAACGGGACAGGCAGGUGACACUAUUGCAAUCGCUCUGGCGCUUGAGGCAUGCAAACUACCUAAAAUUACGGUCUGCUGCACGCGUGGUGCAGGGUGCUAUUCGCACGUACCUGCGCCGCCGCCAGUUUGUUCGUUUCCACAGUGGAGUUGUAAAAACUCAAGCACUUUACCGAGGCUACGUCCAGCGAAAGCAGUAUCGUCGAACUUUACACCGAGUCAUUACGGUUCAAAGCGUUUUCCGCCAGAAGAGAGCCGAUAAGCUUGCAGAUGUUCGGCGUCGGUCUAUGGCGCGAGUGCUCGGUGUCGUUAGGAUCUUCUUGUCUCGUGUCCGUAUGCAAAACCGCACCCGAUCAUUGUUUAACGCUGCCAACGCCUACAAUUUGACCGAGGUGCUGCACAUUGCACAGGAAAUGCCAGGAAUGUUACGGGUGCGCGACCGUGUGCACGGCAUGAUGUCAUUGAUUCACGUGGCGGCCAAGAAUGGCGAUUUGAACCUGGCGCGUUUCGUUCUUGAGGAAAACCCUCAGCUUGAAGAUCUUGUGUAUGGAAAGGAUACCACGGGCAGUACACCUCUGCACUAUGCUUGCCGCCUGGCCCACCUGGACAUGGUGCGUUUGCUCACGAAGGUUGCCAACCGGAAUUCCAAUCCGGGUGCACUUUUUGACUUUGGAGCAGCUCGUACGCGAAGCGCAAGUAGCACGAGCAGUGCGAAUGACGACCCGCCCGAUGUAAAAUUUCGCUCUGUCUCCAGUGUUAGCACGGUGUCCAUGUCGACACCAACGUCCCGUUCUCCAUCAAGGAGUAUUUCAAUUGGCAAUCGCAGCCCUAUUGUGGGAUCCGAUGCUCGUAUGCGUGGAAUGUCAACAGCCUCGACAUCGUCAUUUUCGAUGCAGCCAGGCUUCAAACCUGGUGACCACAACGCGCCGAAGCGUCAUGGUCGCCGCGCUCUCGUGUCGACUACACCGAGGGCUGGGAACAGUCGCCGUCUAACUUCAUCCAUCGGUGGACUUCCUUCCGUUCUACCGACAACACUCCAAAUUAAAGUAUACAAGGAGGGAUUUCUUCGCAAGGCUAGCGGUACACGCUGGGCCACGAAGCGCUAUGUGAUGGCGGACGAGGUAUGCUUAUCCUACUACAAGACAGAGAAAGACAAAAUUCCGCUCAAGAUUGUCGAACUAUGCGAUGCCACUAUCAAACGUAACUCGGACGUGGACUGCUGUUUCGAGAUCAGAUCACCGCGUCUCAAGAGCUCCAAAAACCCUGAUGGUAUGCUUUCGUUUGUGGCUGACACCGAACAAGAGGUGCACGAAUGGAUGCUUGCUAUUCGUAAAGUGCAGGGUGUGCGCGUGACCACGACGAGUCCUCCGAACCACAACAUGAUUUGCAUUGACAGUGGACUGCGCCGUGACUACGUCAAUAUGAAGAACAAGCUCGGCUUUACGCCUUUGCAUCUUGUUGUGCAAAAUGACGAAGACGAAGGAUUUGAAGCUGCGAAGGUGUGCGUCUGGCUAAUCGAGAACGGUGCUGAUCCGAAUGCCAUUGACGAGAACGGAGACACAGCACUCCACUAUGCUGUGGAACUGGACCGUUAUGACCUGGUUGAAACGCUAAUGAAGCGCGGUGCGGACUCGAGUAUUAAGAACCUUAAAGGUCUCUCAGCCAUGGAGAUUGCUGAGGAAGAUGACCUGAAGGAAAUUCUCAGUCCAGUGAAACACACCUUGAAGGUGGAAAAAGUCCCGGUCGAUGAUGAUGAGCCUCAAGCGGAUGGAAUCGAUCUCGCUCAAGAGAUGACACCAAUCGCUUCAUCGCUCGUCCCUCCUCCUGACAGAUUACGCGACAGUACUUAUGUGUCUGUGUUCCUUGGUGCUGUGGCUGUGGCCACGGGCCCAGUUAUGGAGACACCACACUUUAAUCUCUAUAUCAUGGAUUCCAAGGGUGCCAUCAUCGACACGGCGCAGCGCACUCCGAAGUCCCUUAUCCAAACGGGAGGCAACUACUGGUGGUUUGGCAACACGUGGUAUCUGCAGACCCCACUUGAGCACCUCAAGGACGGUUGUGUCGCGGUGAUGGAGCUGCGGCAUCGGAGUCUUGUCACGCAGGAAGUUGAAGUAGGCUGCUGGACAUUUUUCCACCUGGACUUGAGUAAGAUCACGACAGCACCAGCUACCUUUGAAAUGUACGCGCCACCAGUGGAUCCGCUCAGUAAGAUUCUAGCUCGAGUCCCUGGAGACUCCUUCCUUCAGGCUGAAAUCAAUGUGUCACUGUAA